AUGCCCUAUUACGAUACCAUUCCCGAUCUUUACAAAGAUGAGGCCAAGCGUCACCGUCCACUCCUUCAUGACUUGAUUCAGAGAGAUAGGAUCACCAGGAUCCGCAGCGUUCAAAUUGCAGACUGGAUUGGGCUUCUCGAACAUCAAGAACCUCUCGACCACCUAGAAAAGGUUCUAGCAUGCGGCCUCACCAUCUCAGCUGCGGGUGGAGGGACUCUCUCGUAUGCUCUAAACCGACUGGAAGCUCGAGGACCCAACGCGUACCCGUACUUGAAUCUACAGGACUUGAUGCCCAAAAAUCGACGAGACCUCACGAGCAAUGACACGGGAAUCUACUUACUCGCUUUUCACGAUGAAGAGGAUGUCGAAGUUCGCGGUUACGUUGGAAAGACUAGCGACAGCUUUCAGGGAAGAUGGAGAAGUCAUAGGAGGAAGGGCGCGCUCAUGGAUAGAGGAAUCGAUUUCUCCCCAAGCAUCCUGCUUAACACCCAGCGGGUUGCCCUGCCAUACCGUACUCCCGGGUUGACAUCAGCGCUCGAGGUACUGAUGAAUCUGCUCACCGGCGCUACACAUGGGAGGAACCUCAACGUCAAUAUUUUCGACAUACACUAUGAUCCCAACGCUCCCGACGCUCUUGAAGGCCACUUGACACAAGAAGCUCAUGCUCUCUACGACGCCUUUCUCGAUCACCUCAUGACUGAUUGUCCUGCAGUACGGGAGCGAAAGGAAUGGCUGCGUAUACUGGGCGUACCUUUAAAGCGCUUCCUCGACCACGGACUCGAUUUGCAACACGCCAUCGAUAUUUGCCGAGGUUACAAGUGGAAGAGAACGUUCGAGAGAUACAACAUGCCCAAAAAGUUGGAACCUUAUCAACUUCAAAUCAAGACGAGAAGCCAGCCUGCCGAUCAGCCGGCGUCUACCACCGUCAAACCUUCUCCGUCUGGCACCCUGAAGCUUUCCUCGUCUGGCACCCUGAAGCUUCUCUCGCCUGCCACCGUCAAGCCAUCCUCGGCUGCCGCCGUCAAGCCAUCCUCCUACACGGAUUUCGUCUCAAACCCUAUCUCUCGUUCCGUCUCUCCUUAUCGCCAUUCAUCUUCUCAUUCCGUCGACCAAACGCGAGCAGGAUUUGAGCCCUUGCUCGACCCAACCUCGACGAAUAUGACCGGCCUCCGCGGCACUCAAAAGGACCACUGUAUCAAUCGCUCUCAACUCACUCUGACGAGUAUCACGCUCUCGCACGAGGUCUCGCUCGUACUGCACCGAGAGCUGGUUCUGUACCGAUCCCAGCUAUCACAACGGCGCACCUUACGGAAGCCAUCAUAUUUCAUCACUCCCUCGCGCAUUCGACACCAAAGGUCUAUACCGCCCAUGCCUUCUUUGGCCACAAUGCAUAUCUCCACGUAUAUCCGCUGCACUGGCGCGGUAGUCUUUCACCAGACUAUCGCGCGACCGACACCGACUGUCUACAUCGCCCAUAGGCCCAUAACAUAUCAUCUCUGGCCGUCCGAAGGACACGCUUCACGGGACCCGCGCGUCUCUCUACUAUUUGCCUCGAACUUUUCUAUCUACUGCGACUUUGCGCGGAUGUCCCUUCUACUUCGCCCAAUACUCUCGCCUGAGCCAUCAGAACACUUUCGCUUGAACCAUCAAAUUCUUUCGCUUGGAUUAUCACUCCUCAAACCAAUUUACGGACGUUCUUUCGCCAUUACUUUCGCUUGA